AUGGUGAGGCCCACGAAGGUGAGGCCCACGAAGGUGACGCCCACGAUGGUGACGCCCCACGAUGGUGAAGCCCACGAUGGUAAGGCACUUGAAGGUGAGGCUGACGAUGGUGAGGGCGACGAUGGUGAGGACCACGAUAGUGAGGCAUUUGAAGGUGAGGCCCACGAUGGUGAGGCACACGAAGGUGAGGCCCGCGAUGGUGAGGCUCACGAAGAUGAGGCACACGAAAAUGAGAAAAUCGAUGGUGAGGCCCACGAUGGUGAGGCACACGUUGGUGAGGCCCAUGAAGGUGAGGCACACGAAGGUGAGGCACACGAAAAUGAGAAACACGAUGGUGAGGCCCACGAUGGUGAGGCACACGUUGGUGAGGCCCAUGAAGGCGAGGCACACGAAGGUGAGGCACACGAAGGUGAGGAACACGAUGGUGAGGCCCACGUUGGUGAGGACCACGAAGGUGAGGCACACGAUGGUGAGGUCUACGAUGGUGAGGCACUCGAAGGUGAAUCCCACGACGGUGAGCCCCACGAAGGCGAGGCCCUCGAUGGUGAGGCACACGAAGGUGAGGCCCGCGAUGGCGAGUCCGACGAAGGUGAGGCACACGAAAGUGAGGCCCACAAAGCCCACGAAGGUGAGGCACACGAAGGUGAGGCACACGAAAAUGAGGAACACGAUGGUGAGGCCCACGAUGGUGAGGCCCACGAUGGUGAAGCCUACGAUGGUGAAGAACAUGAAGGAGAGGCCCACGAUAAUGAGGCACAUGAAGGUGCGGCCCACGAUGGUGAGGCACACGAAGGUGAGGCUCACGAUAGUGAGGCACACAAUGGUGAGGCACACGAAGGUGAGGCACACGAUUUUAAGGCCUACGAAGGAGAGGCACCUGAAGGUGAGGCCCACGAUGGUGAGGCACACGAUGGUGAGGCACAUGAAGGUGAAGCCUACGAUGGUGAGGCCGACGAUGCUGAGGCCCACGAUGGUAAGGCACAUGAUGGUGAGGCACACGAUGGUGAGGCACACGAAGGUGAGGCACACAAUGGUGAGACACACGAAGGUGAGGCCCACGAUGGUGAGGCACACGACGGUGAGGCCCGCGAUGGUGAGUCCGAAGAAGGUGAGGCACACGAUGAGGAGGCACACGAUGGUGAGGCCCACGAUGGUGAGGCACACGAAGAUGAGGCCACGAUAGUGAGUCCCACGAUGGUGAGGCACAUGAAGGUGAUUCUCACGAUGGUGAGUCCCACGAUGGUGAGGCCCACGAUGGUGAGGCCCCACGAUGGUAAGGCACUUGAAGGUGAGGCCGACGAUGGUGAGGCCGACGAUGGUGAGGCCGACGAUAGUGAGGCACACGAUGGUGAGGCCCACGACGGUGAGGCACAGGAAGGUGAGGCAAACGAAGAUGAGGCACACGAAGGUGAGGCAGACGCAAGUGAUGCCCACGAAGGUGAGGCCCACGAUAGUGAAGCCCAUGAAAGUGAGGCCCACGUUCGUGAGGCACACAAUGGUGAGGCACACGAUGGUGAGGCCCACGAUGGUAAGGCCCUCGAAGAUGAGGCCCACAAUAAUGACGCACAUGAAGGUGAGGCCCACGAUGGCGAGGCAAAUGAAGUAGAGGCCCAGGAUGGUGAGGCAUUUGAAGGUGAGGCCCACGAUGGUGAGGCACACGAAGGUGAGGUCCACGAUGGUGACGAACAUGAAGGUGAGGCCCACGAUGGUGAGCCCCGCGAUGGUGAGCCCCACGAUGGUGAGGCACACGAUGGUGAGGAACACGAUGGUGAGGUCCACGAUGGUGAGGCACACGUUGGUGAGGCCCACGAAGGUGAGGCACACGAAGGUGAGGCACACGAUGGUGAGGUCCACGAUGGUGAGGCACUCGAAGGUGAAUCCCACGACGGUGAGCCCCACGAAGGUGAGACCCACGAUGGUGAGGCAUUUGAAGGUGAGGCCCACGACGGUGAGGCACACGAAGGUGAGGCCCUCGAUGGUGAGUCCGACGAAGGUGAGGCACACGAAGGUGAGGCACACGAAGGUGAGGAACACGAUGGUGAGGUCCACGAUGGUGAGGCACACGUUGGUGAGGCCCACGAAGGUGAGGCACACGAAAGUGAGGCACACAAAGGUGAGGAACACGAUGGUGAGGCCCACGAAGGUGAAGCACACGAAAGUGAGGCACACAAAAAUGAGGAACACGAUGGUGAGGCCCACGACGGUGAGGCACACGAUGGUGAGGCCCACGAAGGUGAGGCCCACGAUGCCUACGGUGGUGAAGAACAUGAAGGCGAGGCCCACGAUAAUGAGGCACAUGAAGGUGCGGCCCACGAUGGUGAGGCACACGAAGGUGAGGCCCACGAUAGUGAGGCACAGAAUGGUGAGGCACACGAAGGUGAGGCACACGAUUUUAAGGCCUACGAAGGAGAGGCACCUGAAGGUGAGGCCCACGUGAGAGUUUUAUGA